AACGAGCUCGAUGCCGACGACGAAUAACGCACGACGAACGCGGCACUCACAAUGGCACCCACACUUGGAAAACGGAAACGUGUAACACGCGCUGAACUCGAGCGACCAUCGCGAUCGGAAUCUCCCUCGUCGAAUGUUAGCCAUGACGACUCCGGCGCAGAAGAUCUUCAAGCCAUAUUCCGGCGCGCCUUUGAGGCAAAAUUCGCCCCUCUCCCCGUCGAAGACAAGAAACCCAAGAUCGAGGAGUCACCCGCACAAGAAGAGGAAGAAGGGUCAGAAGACGAAGAAUCAGAUUGGUCAGGCAUAAGCGACGACGAGAAGAAUGGCGUACAAGUAAUAUCCUACGAAGACGCCCGCCAUGACCUCAGCGACACAGAACGCGCCGAAAAGAAAGCCUUCAUGUCAUCCAAACCACCAACCUCCACAUCCACCAUCACCUCCAAACCCACCUCAUCCAAAAAGAAGAAGACCGAUGACGACGACACAACAGAAGCCUCCCUCCUAAAAAACGACCUCGCACUUCAAAAACUCCUCCGAGAAUCCCACAUUCUCUCCUCCAGCGCCUCAAACCCCACGCGCUCCCUCACUGCCACAGGUGCCGCACGCCACAAAUCCACAGACCUGCAUCUGCAAUCCCUCGGUGCCAAAGGCUCGGUUUUCGCGCAGAAGAACAUGCCCAUGGCGCAGCGGAAACACAUGGUGCAAAAGGCGAGAUUAGGCGAGGAGAAGCGGAGGAGCGAGGCUCGGGAAGCGGGUAUCGUGCUGGAGAGGGAGAGUAGGGGAGGCUCGGGAGCCGGGAAGAAGGGUGGGGAGAGGAGGGAGAGGGGCGUGGGUGGGCCUAGUGUGGGCAAGUUUAGGGGUGGUACGUUGAGUUUGAGUCGGGAAGAUGUUAGAAAUAUUACUGGGGGUGGUGGUGGGGGUCGAGGUGGGAAAAAGGGCGGCAAGGGAGGUAGGGGAAGGGGAGGGAAGAGGUAA